UGCAGAGAGCAGCAGAGCCCCUUGUACAAAAACCAGGACCCCUGGGUUCCCUGUGGAUAGGAUGAGCUGCCAAGGAGGUGUCACUCUUGGCACCCUCCAAGAAUCAUUAUGGCCGGGUGCAGUGGCUCAUGCUUGAAAUCCCAGCACUUUGGGAGGCCGAGGCGUGUGAAUCACCUGAGGUCAGGAGUUCGAGACCAGCCUGGCCAACAUGGUGAAAUCCUGUCUCUACUAAAAAUACAAAAUUAGGCCAGGCGCAGUGGCUCAUGCUUGUAAUCCUAGCACUUUGGGAGGCUGAGGUGGGCAGAUGACCUGAGGUCAGGAGUUCGAGACCAGCCUGGCUAAAAUGGUGAAACCCCAUCUCUACUAAAAAUACAAAAUUAGCCAGGCAUGGUGGUGUGUGCCUGCAAUCCCAGCUACUCGGGAGGCUGAGGCAGGAGAAUCACUUGAACCUGGGAGGCGGAGGUUGCAGUGAGCCAAGAUUGCACCACUGUACUCCAGCCUAGGCAACGAGAGUGAAACUCCAUCUCAAAAAAAAAAAAAAAAAAAAAUACAGAAUUAGCCGGGUAUGGUGGUGUGUGCCUGUAAUCCCAGCUACUCAAGACGCUGAGGCAGGAGAAUCGCUUGAACCUGGGAGGCAGAGGUUGCAGUGAGCCGAGAUCGCACCAUUGCACUCCUGCCUGGGCGACAGAGCGAGACUCUGUCUCAAAAAAAAAGAAUCGCGGGCACUUUGUUUCUGUUGCUUCUUCGACUUCACUCUUCUUCAGCCAGGGCAGCCAAAGGCAGGAUGGGUGCUUCCCGGAUCCACCAGAGGGGGAAAGGGGUUGGGUGUGUAUGGGGGCAGAACUUUUCCCUAGUGAGAGCCUUGGUGAGGUCUGCUGGAGGCACACUGGGGACACAGGCAAGCAUCAGGUGGUCCCCACUUCCCACCCCCCUCCCAUAAGCAGCACUAGGUUCAGUCUCCCUCUGCCCAACUUGUCACCAUGGAGCUGUGGCAUUCAAGCAUCCAAAUGCCCUGCUUCUGUCAGGCCUGCCCCGUCGGAUGCUUUGUCAGGUUGGGCAGAUGGUCUCAAGCCCUGGUUGGUGGGUGGGUGAGUGAGGACACAGGUUAGACAGGGGAAGGUCUCAGGACACGUCUUCCCUCUCUGGGCUGACCUGAGGCAGUGGAGGCUCUCAGGUGUGGGAUGGGGUUUUCAGGCUGGGAUGUUCUGUACCCUAGAGGAUAGGCCUUCCUAUUACUUACAGGAGCACUAUGGGAGGGCAGGUCCCUCCCCAGGGUGGUUAACACUGGAGGCUGCAGGGUCAGGAGGAGAAUCGGGGGGCCAGGAGGCCGGAGGCACACUCCAUCUCCGUGCUCCUCACAGGCCCUGCCUCCCUGCCUAAUAAGGGCACAGGGAAGGGGGUCCCCAGCUCAGUGAGUGCCUGCCUCCCUGCUCUGUGUCUGCAUACCUGGCAGUCACAGCCACCUGGCGUGUCCCAGAAACCAACCACUGACCUCGUCUCCUGCCCGGCCCCACCUCCAUUGGCUUUGGCUUUUGGCCUUGUGCUGCCCGACCCUUUCUCCUGUCCCAAUGCGCAGCGCAGGGUCUGAGCCGUCGAGCUGCACCCACAGCAGGCUGCCUUUGGUGUCUCACCGGGUGAACGAGGGCAUUGCGAGGCAUCCCCUCCCUGGGUUUGGCUCCUGCCCACGGGGCUGACAGUAGAAAUCACAGGCUGUGAGACAGCUGGAGGCCAGCUCUGCUUGAACCUAUUUUAGGUCUCUGACCCUCGCUUCCUCUGUAGACUCCCCUAGAGCUCAGCCAGUGCUCAACCUCAGGCUGGGGGUCUCUGAGGAAGAGUGAGUCGGGGCUGAGGGGUCUGGGGCUGCCCCCUGAGAAAGGGGCCAGAGGCAGUGUCAAGAGCCGGGCAGUCUGAUUGUGGCUCACCCUCCAUCACUCCCAGGGGACCCUGGCCCAGCAGCUGCAGCUCCCAACCACAAUAUCCUUUGGGUUUUGGCCUACGGAGCUGGGGCGGAUGACCCCCAAAUAGCCCUGGCAGAUUCCCCCUAGACCCGCCCGCACCAUGGUCAGGCAUGCCCCUCCUCAUCGCUGGGCACAGCCCAGAGGGUAUAAACAGUGCUGGAAGCUGGCGGGGCAGGCCAGCUGAGUCCUGAGCAGCAGCCCAGCGCAGCCACCAAGACGCCAUGAGAGCUCUCACACUCCUCGCCCUGCUGGCCCUGGCCGCACUUUGCAUCGCUGGCCAGGCAGGUGCGAAGCCCAGCAGUGCAGAGUUCAGCAAAGGUGCAGCCUUUGUGUCCAAGCAGGAGGGCAGCGAGGUGGUGAAGAGACCCAGGCGCUACCUAUAUCAAUGGCUGGGAGCCCCAUUCCCCUACCCGGAUCCCCUGGAGCCCAAGAGGGAGGUGUGCGAGCUCAAUCCGGACUGUGACGAGCUGGCUGACCACAUCGGCUUUCAGGAGGCCUAUCGGCGCUUCUACGGCCCAGUCUAGGGUGUUGCUCUGCUGGCCUGGCCGGCAACCCCAGUUCUGCUCCUCUCCAGGCCCCCUUCUUCCCCCUUCUCCUUGCCCUUGCCCUGACCUCCCAGCCCUAUGGACGUGGAGUCCCCAUCAUCCCAGCUGCUCCCAAAUAAACUCCAGAAGAGGAA